AUGCAGCAUAUUGCCACAGCGGUGAAGUUUUUAGAAAACCCUCGAGUUCGCCAAAGCCCACUUGCAAAUAGAAGAACAUUUCUGAAGAAAAAAGGUCUCACCGAUGAGGAAAUAGAACUGGCCUUCCAGCAAUCGGGCACGCCGAAAGAGGAACCCCAGCCACACAAUCUACCCCCACAGUUGGUGCCCAGUCGGUCCACACAGCUCGCAUCGUACAGUCCCCCAAGCUCCAGAUGGAGAGACUAUGGUGCCCUGGCAAUUAUUAUGACUGGCAUCGCCAUCGGUUUCCACCAGCUUUACAAGCCCUGGGCACUUCCAUUGGUAAAGGGUGGGAGGCAAGGAAGGAAAGAAGGAAGGAAGGAAGGAAGCUAGAGAGCCAUGUCUGGGUCAAUUCCUUGCACAGUGACUCAGCUUCAGACCACUUUAGCCUCCGUCCAGGAGCUGCUAAUUCAACAGCAGCAGAAAAUCCAGGAGCUGAGCCAGGAACUGGCUACCUCCAAGGCCACCACAUCGACCAACUGGAUUUUGGAAUCUCAGAGUAUCAGCGAUCUGAAGUCGGAGAUCUAUUCGCUAAAAGGGCUCCUCCUAAACAGGAGACAGUUUCCCCCCUCGCCCUCAGCUCCCAAAAUCCUGUCCUGGCAGAUCCCGGUCAAGCCCACUUCCCCCUCCAACCCGGUGACCAAUAACCACAACACAAGCAGCGACAUCUCUCCGGUCAGCAACGAGUCCAACUCGCCUUCGCCCGUCAAGGAAAACCACAGCCCCGAGGGGACCACGGCGGCGGGCUGCCACCUGGCCAGCCCCGAGGAAGAAGGGGAGGCGGUGAUCGACCUGAAGGGCCAGGUGAGGAUGGAGGUGCAAGGGGAAGAGGAGAAGCGGGAGGAGCAGGCCUGUAUAGAGGAGGAGGAGGAGGAGGAAGAGGAGGAGGAGGAGGAGGACAACCACGUGGACGAAGAGGAUGUCCAGACGGAGGAUCGGCGAGGAGGCGAUGGGCAGAUAAACGAACAGGUGGAGAAGCUGCGGAGGCCCGAAGGUGCCAGCAACGAGAACGAAAUUGACUAG